AUGGUAACAGGAAUGCCCAUGAAAGACGAAAAUUAUGACAUCGCUGUCAACCUUCUGAAGAAAAGAUUUGGCAAACAGGAACUAAUACAGCAGGCCCACAUUAGCCACCUCCUGGGGCUCCACCCUGUUUACAACGACAAAGCCGUCAGCCGAUUGCGCAAUCUGCACGACGAAAUCGAGACACAUUAUCGCGGGCUCGAGGCUCUUGGUGUCAACACCUCCUCAUUUUCUGCAGUUGUCGUGCCAACGCUUCUUGAAAAGGUACCGGAAAAUAUCAAGGGUCAGAUGAUUAGGAGUUCAGACAAGAAUUAUUUGAAGUGGACGAUAAAUGAAUUACUAUGUGCCUUUGAAAAAGAAAUCUCGAUAAAAGAGUGCCAAAUGCCUCUGGAAAGUUUGGGGGGCAGAAAGGAUUUGACAAGCCGAGCGAAUAACAACAACAUUAGGCCCAGAAGCAACUUCAUCAAGGAGGGAACUGCCUCGUCGCUACUGGUUGGUGAAAAGGCAAACAGUUGUGUUUUCUGUAUGAGAGACCAUGCUUCUGAAACAUGCACCAACGUUUUGGGAGCUGAAAACCGGAAGAAUGUGCUAAGAAAAUAUGCAAGAUGCUUUGUAUGUUUGAAAUCUGGUCAUCGAGCAUUCAGUUGCCGUCAUAAGAAUAACUGUAGAAUAUGCAAUGGCCUACAUCACGUAUCAAUUUGUCAUAAUGUUAGUAGCAUAGAUAGGCCUAAGCAAAGUAGUGUGCAAGUUAACGCAGAAAAGCCCAAUGCACCCCUGCUUAACCCCACUGCAGCAUCUUGGGUGGAAAGUACCGGUAGCAGGGGGGAUGUAGCCUUACAGACAGCUUCAGAAAAUGUGAAUGGAGAGAGUGCUAGACUUUUGUAUGACUCAGGUAGCCAUAAAUCUUUUGUAACUGCAGAAGCUGUCAAUAGGUUAGGAUUAAGAGUGAGGAGAGAAGAGAAAUUAGGAAUUAAGCCAUUUGGGAGCGUGAGUGCAGAAAUUGAGGUAAAAGAUGUGGUGAAUGUGCCUAUGGUAUCUUUUGAUGGAAAGAGGAAGAUUGAAAUUGAAUGUUUUGUUGUCAGUAACAUUUCUCAUAUUAAGAAUGUUCACCCAGAAGUUGUCAAGAAAUCUUAUACCCAUUUGCAUAACAUAUGA